UUGCGCGACUAUAAAACACAAAGCCCUAGGCGCCCGCGAAAAAUAAUAAACGAGGAUCAUCGGAAUGGAUUUCUCAGAGCAGGACCUAGAUAUAUUCGGCGAACAUUACGAUCAGGAGCCCGACAAAGAGGCCCGUGUCGACCAAGAUGGGACUCACUCCUCUUCCCCAUCUUCAUCCUCCUCUGCUUCUUCUUCUUCGUCUUCUUCAUCAUCUGCUUCUUCAUCCAACGCCAGUGAUGGCGAUGAUUCCUCCAGUGUCAGCGGAAGCGCCAGCAGUGCUGCAGAUGAAGAUGAAGAGAAUGUCGAGGAGGUUGAGCAUAGCAGUAGGGCCUAUUAUGACCUUGACGAAAAAGACCUGUUUGGCUCUGAUAAUGAAGAUUAUUGUAAAACUUCUGCUCAAAGUCCAUACUCGAUUCCUGUAUUGCCUGCUGUCCGCAAUACAAAUAAUCAGGGUAGGGGGGGUUUUGGCCGUGGUCGUUGGCAAAAUGAUAGAGGAGCAGGCCUCCUUCCUCGUCCUGGACCUUAUCCUCAGAGGCAAAAUUUUGGUUAUGGAAACCGGUUUUCAAAUGGCCGCCAUGAUGAAAGAUUUGUCGCUGAGCUGAAGCUUUCCAAGAGUGAAGAGACUUUGUCAAGAAAGUGUAUUGCUAUUCAGGAGCCAUGUGAAGUUGCCUGCUAUAGUCGUGUAGAAGGUGGAGAGGUCUACUUUGAUGAUCGCAACUUGAGGCUUUUUAAGCGCCUUAUCACUGAAGAUGUUGGAGCUGAUUUGAAUGAGGGUUAUGAUACAUUUAUUGCUAAAAAAGACUUAGGCUCAGAGGGCUUUGGUGAUCUUCUUGCUUGCAUUAGAGACAAAAACAUUCCCCUCCAAAACAUUCAUUUUGUGACAUUUCGUAACAAUCUUAACAAGAUAAUGGCCACCGCUUAUAUCCGACACGAGCCUUGGGAAAUGGGGGUGCAUAAAAGGAAGGGAGUUGUUUAUCUUGAUGUGCAUAAGCUACCAGAAAGACCACAGAGUGAUUUGGAUCGCCGGAGAUGUUAUUGGGGAUAUUGUUUUGAGAGUCUUGCGACUGAAGAUCCUAGAAGGUCUGAUGGAGAGGGGAUACAUCAUGUUGACGCCAAUGUUGAAUAUUGUUCUGUGAUCAAAACAAAAUUAGGGGCUCACCGCAUCUUGAUGGGUGCUGAGAUGGAUUGCUGUGACUCAACUGAUGAUGGAAGGAGAUUUUAUGUUGAACUAAAAACAAGUCGUGAGUUGGACUAUCAUACUGAGGAAAAACAUGAGAGAGAAAAACUGCUUAAGUUUUGGAUUCAGUCAUUUUUGGCGGGAGUUCCAUAUAUUGUCAUAGGAUUUAGAGAUGAUUCUGGUCGUCUUGUUCGGACAGAAAGACUAAGAACCAAAGAAAUCACUCAAAGAAUAAAAAUGAAGAACUACUGGCAGGGAGGAGUCUGCUUGGCGUUUGCAGACGAAGUUUUAUGCUGGCUUUAUGGAACAGUCAAGGAGAAUGAAGAUUACAUAUUGCAGUUUGCUCCACCUUUCACCCGUUUGGAGCUUCUACAGGCCCAGUCUUGUCCAGAUGCUAUUACUAAUCAUCUUGAGCUGUUGUGAAGAGGCAGAGACCUUUACAGCUGUGUUUAUACAAUUCAAUCUGACACGUAACAGGAGUCAAGUAGGGAUUUUCCCAUAGGUUCAUGGUUGUUUUGAUACAUGAUGGAAAUCCUUGAAAGGGAGUAAGCCGAAUUUAUUAGUGAAGAGGAAAUUACACUGGUUAUAAUCUUAUACUACUUUUGGGUUGAAUGGUUUGUGAUGUUAAAUGGCGGUGAAUUACUACUAAGCAUUUUGAUUCAUAGCUGAGCGUCCCUCUGGAAAAAUCUCCUGAGGUGUCUGUAAUUCUUGUGACUUUUGGCCCACAGAAUAACACCUAAUAAUGAAAAUGUUAGGUAGAAUACAAAGAAUUUGUUCUCUUGGACAUUCAA